CUCUUCUCACAUUCCGCCAACACCAUACGCACACAUACUAUACCCAUCAGCACCAUCUCUCCUACCACACCAAAACCCAUCCAACAACAUGCCUCGCCAAUCUCGUGGUCCAGCAGCAGCGCCUCGCCGCCCAGUCGCCGCCCCGGCUCGUCCCUCUCCUCCAGCUCCCCAGCAAACACGACAAGCCAGCACAACUGCCGCCGCGCCACCGCAACAGCAGCAGGCACCUCCUGCGCAAGCAGGUAGCCAAGGCCCUGGUCUCUUUGGCCAGAUGGCCAGCACCGCAGCUGGUGUCGCAGUCGGUUCCUCGAUCGGUCACGCAAUUGGAGGAUUCUUCGGCGGCGGUAGCAGUGCUCCCGCUCCAGUUCAGGAAGCCGCUUCUCCUCAGCAGGCGCAGGAGGCUCAGGUGGCGUACGGACAGGCUCAGUACUCGCAGCAACAGGGUGGACCCAGUGUGUGCGGGAACGAGGUGACGGGUUUCAAGAGAUGUAUGGAUGAGAACCAGGGAAAUCUGACCAUUUGCGGGUGGUAUCUGGAUCAAUUGAAGGCGUGCCAGAGUGCAGCUAGUCAGUACUAGGAUGGCUGAGCAUGUGCUGUCAUUGACACAAGAGACGGUGGAAGACGGGGAGACAGUGUUUUGAAGGAGGAAGAAGUUGUACAAACAAUCAAAUUGCAUAGUUCUUUGCGGAGGACGAUAGCGUAGCAUAGCAAGAAUGGAAUUACAUCUCUGCUCUA